AUGUUGCUUGUUUGUAUUAAUGUAGGUCCAUUGUUCCACGUGGGAUGGUACCACAUUUUCUACCAAUAUAACCCAAAGUCAGCGGUUUGGGGCAACAUCACAUGGGGCCAUGCAGUAUCUAGGGACUUGAUCAGCUGGUCCCACGUUCCCUUAGCGAUGGUCCCUGAUAGAUGGUUUGAUUCCAAUGGCGUUUGGACCGGAUCCGCCACAAUCCUCCCCAAUGGUCAGAUCUUCAUCCUAUACACUGGAAACACCAACGAUAAUGUGCAGGUGCAAAACCUCGCAUAUCCUGCCGACCCAUCUGAUCCUCUCCUCGUUGAUUGGGUCAAGUACCCAGGCAACCCAGUUUUAGUUCCACCACCCGGCAUUGGUCUUGACAACUUUCGGGACCCGACCACAGCCUACGAGCAAGUGGAUGGGUUAUUGCAUGCGGUUCCAAAUACGGGCAUGUGGGAGUGUGUAGAUUUUUACCCGGUUUCAACCGAAGGUGAAAACGGGUUAGAUACAUCCCUAAAUGGGCCGGGUAUUAAGCAUGUCCUGAAAGCAAGUUUGGAUGACAAUAAGCAAGAUUAUUAUGCACUUGGGACCUAUGACCCGGAAAAAGACAAAUGGACACCGGACAACCCGGAGUUGGAUGUGGGUUUCAGGUUGCGGGUGGAUUAUGGAAAAUACUAUGCAUCAAAGACAUUUUAUGACCAAAACAAGAAGAGGAGGAUCCUGUGGGGUUGGGUUGCAGAAACUGAUAGUGAUAAAGACAUUAUCAAAGGAUGGGCUUCCGUUCUGGCUAUUCCAAGGACCGUGGUGUUUGACAAGAUGACAAGGAACAAUUUACUUCAACGGCCAGUUGAUGAAAUUGAGAGCUUGAGAUGGGGAUGCAAUGAAUUCCACGAGGUGGAGCUUGAACCAGGAUCAGUUGUGCCACUUGACGUAGGCUCAGGUUUACAGGUUGAUCACUCCAUUGUUGAGAGCUUUGCUCAAAGAGGAAGGACAGUCAUCACUUCUAGAGUUUAUCCCACUAAGCUUACUGAUUUAACAUCAAGAGGGUUCCUGUUUAACAAUGCCACAGGAGUGAAGGUCAAGGCAUCAGUAAAGAUAUGCCACAUUCAUUCAGUUAAUAUUUUCCCUUUGGCUCAAUUUAUUCCCAUGGAGGACUUGGAACAAAUGAGAGUUUGA